UUUAAUCUUUUCACUAAACAUCCAUUCUAAUAAAAUGUUUCAUGAUUUUAAUGUCCAACUUCUUAAGCAAAUCGUGUUCAGCUUGAACUCAACUUACAAUCUCACGAAUUUUCAUUGUGUUUUGUAAACUCAUAGCUUUCAAAAUAAGCGCCUAGUUACUCAAUACUAUAUUCACUCCAAAAUGAUGCAAAAUUUGAAUAGCUUUCGACUUUCAUUGCUUAUUUUUAUUGUAGGAAUUUUGGGAUCUAAAGCAACGUUAAUAAGCACCACUGAAACCAGGACAUAUACUUCCACGACAACAUCACCCGAGUUGGUUCCUGACUUGUCUCGAAUCAAGUGUACUUUUGUCUCGGAAAAAGUGCUUGUUUGUGACUGCAAUGGCCGAGAGUUGACGAACGAGACACUUUACGAGUCGUACAUAUACCCUAUUCAGUAUGAACGGUUCAACGACCAACGUCAUGUGAUUGAGAGAUUGGAAUUGAAGAAUUGUGAGCUGGUUGAGAACACCACCCUGCUUACCAACUCCAUGUACCAUCUGAACGAACUCUCUCUAACUGACUGCAUAAAAGUACCUGAGAAUGUGUUCAGCCUCAUGGCCCGAAGACUCAGCCAGGAACCGCUAGGCGACACAGAACAAGACGCGAUCAUGAACUCACUUAUGAUCCAGUACAAAAAAGACACCACUGAUGCCUGGCCGAAGUUGUUCAACCUGCUCCCCUCCUGCAACGCCUCCGCAAACGGACUCAACGUCGCCAAAGAUUACUACCUGCACCGACUAGACCUCAUCAACAUCCCCAACAUGGAGGGCAUUGAGCCAUGUAUGGUCGAAAUGUUUCCAUAUAUGGAACAUUUGGAUCUCUCCUACACUGAUCUGAGAGGUGGAUUUCCGAAUUUGACUCAGUGGACAAAAUUGAGAGUCCUGAAAUGUCGUGGCUGUAAUCUGGACCUGAUCCCUCCAAGUGACCUGUUGCCUACUACUCUUGAGGAGUUAGAUCUGUCCAAGAACAACUUCAUCAGUACAUCUUCAUGUCUUGCUGAUUACACUCCGGACAGAUGCUAUCUGCACCAGGAGAGACUGUACUAUUUGAACUUAGCCUACAACAACCUCAUUUUCUUCCAUCAUGACUUCUUCAAGUUCAUUCACUUCAGGGGACAGUCUCCACACAACAAGUUCGACGGAGAGGUGCAUGUUGAUGUGACGAACAAUCAGAUCAAAACGAUUGACUUCAAGACCUUCGAGGACUUGGACAUCAGGAGGGACACUUUGGUUACCUACAUGCAGAUCAAUGCCCUCGACAACCCCCUUCACUGCAACUGCUAUAUGCUCAACUCCCACGAGAUGGCAAGUCAGCUGACCAAUGUGCGUUUCCUGGGAGUGUGUGCGACCCCUCCCUCCCUCGAAGAGGUGAGUGUGAACAGACUGACGAGGAGCAGUGACUCCUCUCUGAACAACUGCGGCAACGUCGGCAAACCCCUCGGACACGAUCCCAAACGCGCUCACUGGAAACUAUUCGGCGAAGUGAUACUGGGCCUCUCGAUCAUCGCUAUGCUCGUCGUGCUUACACUGGUCGUGCACAGGUACAUUCGGAAGGGCAGCUCAACCAGCCGAGCCAGGGGCUACAACCGACACUCGAAUCCAAGUGCUAUAUACAAUGCCGGUAAUAGUAAUUAUAGUCACGUGAACAUGAACAACAGCGACUACCCUUCUGGUGAUUUGGGCAGACAGUACAAUGACGAUGAAGAUGUGUUCACGAUCGAAGGUUCCGAGCCCACUUUGGAAAUGUCACGCUAAAAUUACAAAGAUCGAUUGAAAGACAUAUCACUUUUACAUUAUCUAAGCCAAUAAACGAACUCAUCGACGGGUCGAUAGUUGAAGUAUUAAUAUUUUCGAGAAGCUCAAUUUAUCAAUAGUAGAUACUAAUACAUCAUGAAACUUCAACUCCUCGGACAAGUGAAGAAAUUCUGAGACACUAUGAACUAAAAGCUUCUUGAAAUCGCGAUAGUCAAUUGACGCUUACUCAAUCAAUUAAUUAUGAUUUGAUUAAUGCCUAUUUAUGGACAAGGAUGAAUCAAGUUUUUUAGUGAA